AUGGCCACCUUGUUCACUAAAAUGCUCAUUUUGUUUGUUGUUAUGCUUUUGGCAUUCAACAAAAAUUCCUCUGGACUCACGUCAAAUUCGAAAAUCAGAUGCAUAGGGAAGGAGAAACAAGCUCUCCUCAAGUUCAAAGAAACUCUUAGAGAUGAUGGCGACUCUCUCUCCUCAUGGGGCAGCGAAAACGAUAAAAAGGAGUGUUGCAAAUGGAGAGGAGUCAAGUGCGACAAUCACACAGGUCAUGUAGCCGUGCUCAAUCUUAGUACAUGGUCUCUGACCGGUAAGAUUAGUCCUUCAUUACUUGAAUUGCAGCAUAUGAAGUAUCUAGACUUGAGUGGAAAUAACUUUGGUGGGAAUUACACCCCAAUUCCUAAUCAUCAUCUUGGAAACGUUUCCAGUCUACAGUAUCUUUCUCUAGGCGGGAAUUAUAACUUGAGUGGUGGGAAUCUUGAAUGGCUUUCUUAUUUUCCAUUGUUAAGACACCUUGAUCUUAGCACGUUUGACCUAAGUGAAGCAACCAAUUGGCUUGAAUUAGUUAGUGACAAUCUCCCUCUCUUGGAAUACUUGAACUUAAGCGAUUGCCACCUUCCGAAUCAAGUUCCUCCAACACAUCCUCUUAAUUCUUCUCUGUAUCUCACCGUCGUUGAUCUCUCUAACAAUAAUAUGUUUUCUUUGAUUCCUGAUGCUUUCGGGAGAAUGAUAUCCCUUGUGCAUCUCAAUCUUGCGUAUAAUGAUUUCGCUGGUAGAAUUCCAAAGUCUUUUGCUAAUUUGAGUCGUUUGGAAUCGCUGGAACUGAAAUGGUCCCAUGUGACCGAACAAGUUGCAGUAGUUCUUGAUAAAUUGUCGGGGUCGGAGAAGUCGUUACAAAUCUUGAAUUUUGAUUCGAAUAAACUCAGUGGUACUUUACCUGAUUUUACAAGGUUUUCAUCCCUUAGGGAACUUUAUCUCGGUGGUAACAAACUCACUGGGACUUUUCCUAAGAGUUUCCGACACGUGCUUCCGAAUCUUGUUGUCCUAGAAUUCUACGGAAAUCAAAUUUCUGGGAUGCUUCUGUGA